CAGGCACUUCUCGAAGGAAAAGCCUCACGUUUGAGCGAACAAAAAUGGCAGCCACUCUUUCCGUCCGCCCCAACGGUUUCUCCGGCGGCGCAGCCUUUCCGACGCCGCCGGCUCAUCGGCCCGGUUCAAACUUCAUCGGAAAAUUGAGUCUAUGGAAACGUGUUGGCAUUUCACACAUCUCGCGAACACCGGCGAUGCCGGCCACGCCGGUGCAAGCUGGCUCGAGGGCCGAUGACUCCGCGCCGUUCGAGAUGUCCGUGGAAAACGCUCUCAAGGUUCUCGGAGUUUCCGAGGAGGCCUCCUUCGAUGACAUUCUCCGUGCUAGGAAUUCGAUCCUAGCCGCUUGCAAGGACGACGAAGAAACAGUGGCGCAGGUCGAGGCUGCAUAUGACAUGUUGCUUAUGCGGAGCUUGACUCAGCGACAAGCGGGAAAGGUUGUGAGUAGUGGGAUCCUUUAUGCUGAUGUCAAGUCCAUCAGUGAGCCACAGAUCGCCCCAAUGCCCCAGUGGCUGCAGGCUACAAUGAAGAACACACAAUUGUCUGUUGAAACGCCAACCAUUAGUGAUUUUAGCAUACAAGCAGGUGUAUAUGGAGCUUUGAUGGUUUUAACCUACGCAAAUGGAGCAUCCACAUCUACUAUGAUGACAUAUGCUGGAGCUGAUCUUCCUGGUUUAAUCUUAGCAAGUAGCUUUGGAGCUUCCUUGUAUUUCAUGACUAAAAGGAACAUGAAGCUGGGAAAAGCAUCUAUCGUAGUUGUAGGUGGGCUUGUGGCCGGAGCAGUAGUAGGUUCAGCAGUUGAGAAUUGGUUGCAAGUCGACAUCGUGCCUUUUCUUGGCUUACGCUCUCCUGCCGCGGUGAUAAGUGAAUUUAUCCUCUUCUCUCAAUUUUUGGUCUCUCUUUACUUGGGUUAGGGAUGAGAUAGGCAUUGGGUUUAAAGUUUAAACUCGACAACCAUGUAAAUUCAUUCACAUGAUCAUACCCUAGCUUUUUUUUGAGGAUGUGUAUCAUUGCAUAAUGUACAAAGGUGCAACAGAAGGACUCAUGUAACUCACCACUAAGAAUAUUCUUGACAUAGUUAUGAACAAUUUACUGAAAGUUUUUGGAAGAAUCUGAUUCUGUGUUAUUUGAAAGUUUUUGGAGCUUA